AUGUCUCCCACAAUCGUUGAACACAACGGCCUGGACAUCAUGUGUUUGAAUAAGUACUGUCACAGUUCCUCUUCUUCCUCGUCCAGCUCCGAGCAGGACAAGAAGAUUUUCUCCAAGCUCAGACUCAGUUUGUCAGGGGAAUAUCCGAGGAAGAACGCAGAGAUCCUCAGCGGUCAGUAUGGCAUCAACGUGCUGCUGAUCGGGGCGGCGUUGAUGCUGGCUAUUGCGCACCAUGGCCCCUCUGUCAAAGAAGAGCACCUGCUGUCCCUCGUCACCUGCCUCGUGCUCCUACAGCUGAUCUGGAUGAUGUGGUACAUCCUAGUGAGGGACAGACAGAAGAACACCAGGACUGAUAAAGAUGUUCACGCAACAACAUGCUGGAUUAGAGGUGGUCUGACUCUCCUUGCACUCCUUUCCCUCAUUAUGGACGCUUUCAGAAUUGGAUAUUAUGUUGGGUAUCAAUCUUGUGUGUCAGCUGUGCUAGGGGUAUAUCCUGUCAUUCAUGCAACUCACACCAUUGCUCAGGUGCACUUUCUCUGGUUUCACAUCAAGGAUGUCAUCAAGAGCUUUGAAACGUUUGAGAGAUUCGGUGUAAUCCAUGCAGUGUUUACCAACCUCCUCCUGUGGUGCAACGGUGUGAUGUCAGAGGCUGAGCACUUCUUGAACAACCACAAGAGAAGACUCUCUUCCCUGGGCUACGGAAACCUCACCAUAGUUCACACUGAGCCUCACUGUAACUGCACCACCAGCACUUGCUCCAUGUUCUCCAGCAGUCUUUACUUCCUCUACCCUUUCAACAUUGAGUACCACAUCUUUGUCUCUGCCAUGCUCUUUGUCAUGUGGAAGAACAUUGGACGAACCAUUGACCUCUCUUCAAACCGGAAGAAGCUGGCAACAAGAACCAAGAGCUUAACAUUUGGCCCCAUUCUGGGUCUACUUGCACUGGCCAGCACGAUAGGGAUCCUUGUGGUGUACAUCACCCAUGUAGAGCAGUCCCUCCAAACUCGCCAGUCAGCCAUUUCCAUGUUCUACAUUUAUGGCAUUGUCAUGCUGGUGUUCAUGUGCUCUGCUGGUGCUUCAGGUUUGCUGAUAUACCGGGCAGACCAUGUUCCACUGGACACCACAAAGAACCCAUCCAGACAGUUGGACACAGAGCUGCUCUUUGGCUCCUCUAUCGGCUCCUGGCUCAUGUCCUGGUGCAGUAUAGUGGCUGCGUUAAGCACCAACAGCAGCCCUCCUUACCGCUGGACCAACUUGAUCUACUCCCUGCUUAUUGUGCUGGAGAAGUGCAUCCAGAACCUCUUCAUCAUAGAGUCACUGUACCGCCAACAGGAUGAUGGGGAGAGGGAUGACCCUGAGCUGCCGGCUGCUCCAGAAAUCUUCUCGGUGACGUCCUCAUUGGCCCCACCAUACAACGGCAUCAUCAACAGAGGCUACAAGACUCCGGACAGGGCCUGUGUCACAAUCGAGAACGAGCAGGAGGAGAUUGGACAGGUGUACAAUUGUCCGAGGAAACCCUCUGAAGUGCCACUUGCUCUUGGAGACAAGGUGGUGCAACCCCCAAAUAUAAAGAGGCAAAUCCUGAAAAACAUUGCAGUGUUCCUGCUGAUGUGCAACAUUUCACUGUGGAUCCUUCCUGCCUUUGGCUGCCGGCCACAGUACGACAACGGCCUCGAACAGGAGACUUUCGGCUUCAGCAUAUGGACCACAGUUCUCAAUUUCGCCAUUCCCUUGAACCUUUUCUACCGCAUGCACACAGUCGCCUCCCUCUUCGAGGUGUUCCGCCGGGUCUGA